UGUGUGAUGUCUGGGGUACUGUAACAGGACAGCAGGUCCAACCAUCAGUCCCAGUAGUAAGUGGAGAUGGCCGGGUAAACAAUAACGCCUCAGUGUUUUAUUUACUAUACACAUUUCUACACUGCGGGAGUUUGUUUUUUUAAUUUAUUAUAGAUUUUAACCUCGGGCAGUUCGUUUUCGGCUAAUUGGAAAGAGACUGGCUCUUCCAUCAAUUAGACGACACCGGCUUUUUGUUCCCGUCAGUCAUGGCGAUUGCCCACGUAGCCACCGAAUACGUUUUCUCCGACUUUUUGCUGAAGGACCCCACGGAGGCGAAGUACAAAGGGCUGCGUCUGGAGCUGGCGGCGGACAAAAUAGUCACGUUUCUAGCGGUGGGGCUGCCUUUGUUUCUCAUCUCGCUCGCAUUUGCCCAAGAGGUGUCAGUCGGUACCCAGAUCAGCUGCUUUGCUCCCACUAACUUCUCCUGGAGACAGGCCGCAUAUGUGGACUCAUUUUGUUGGGCAGCAGUACAGCAACAAGCUAACAGUUCACCACUAUGGCUGCACAAGUUCUUCCCAUACAUCCUGCUCUUACUGGCCAUCCUGUUGUAUAUCCCGGCCCUUUUCUGGCGUUUCACUGCAGCUCCGCACCUCUCCUCUGACCUCAACUUUAUCAUGGAGGAGCUGGAUCGCUUUUAUAAUCGUGCCAUCAAAUUGGCCAAGAAUCUAGCAUCCUUAGACAGCAAAGAUGCACCUGAGGACACCCAGAGUGCUUUGGACCUGACAGAGGGUUGCUUUAAAUACCCUUUGGUGGAGCAAUACCUGAAGACCAAGCGCUUUUCUCGCAGCCUCGUGGUCAAGUACCUUACAUGUCGGGGCCUGACUCUGCUGAUCCUCCUGCUGGCCUGCCUCUACCUUGGCUACUACAUCCAACUGGCCUCUUUCACUGACGAGUUUCCCUGUGACCUGCGUACAGGGUUGCUGAAGAACGACAGCAUAGUGCCGUCUGCUGUCCAGUGUAAGCUCGUGGCAGUGGGUGUCUUCAGGCUUCUCAGCUACAUCAACUUGGGAGUGUAUGUGCUUCUUGCUCCACUGGUGGUGUACGCUGCUCUUGGACCAGCUCGCCAGAGCUCCAGCUUUCUCCGGCCUUAUGAGAUGCUGCCAGGCUUUGGUGCUUUGGGUGUGGUCACACCCUUCUACAAUGAUCUCAGCAUCUAUCUGCUGUUCCUGCAGGAGAACCUGAGCGAACUCAAAUCAUUUAAAUGUCUGCAGGUGCUUGAGUUGUUGCAACAAGCUGGUGAUGAGGGGUUUGACGCCAUGUGCCUACUGCGAACUCUGGGUCAGGUGAAGACUGAUGUGUGUGACAGUAAGAAGACGUGCUCACGCAAGAACAACAAAGACACUAAUAAAGCUGAAGAAUGAGAUCUCUCUGCCGUGUUGCUGAAGGAUUGACCUUAACAGAAUCUCUGCUGUGAUGGAAGAGACAAACUGAUGCACUUACCUUUAUCUGAGUUUACAAUGGGGUACUGACAUGCAGCAGUGUAAUCCAUAUCAGAAACAGAGGAGGCCUAUACUCACACAGUCUGUAGUUUGGCCAGCAGACAUUAUACCUCUCAGAUGUCUCAUUUUUAAUAAAUGUGAAUACUCCAAAUACAAGUGUCUCAGGUCUGAGACGAUCUGCUGCAGACCCCUGACCCUGUUUUUUUCUGAAAUUAAAUUCCUGUUUAUAUUUUUUUCUAUGGUACAUACUACUUUUCUCAGGAUCUUAAAUGCCUUCCAAUAUAAGCCAUGUUCUUUGGACUGAAAUCUGUAAAUUAUUUUCCAGGUGCCAGAGUCUACUUCCUGCCCUUUCUGGUAGAAUGAGAAAAGUUUCUGAACACAGAGAUGUAUUUUUAGUUGAGGUGGUGUAAUUAGAAGAUUUAGUGAGUGAUGAAAGUUUGUCCAUCCAAAGUAAGCAUAAACUAAACAACCAUUUGUUAGGUAUUAUACGAACCCCUGGAGUAGCUUUGCCUGGAUUGUAAAGCAUGUGAUUAUUUGUAUGUAAAUGUGCCGUUAACAACAGGUGGUAUACUGUAUGUGCAUGUUAAUAAGACCCUGGGUUGUCCACACUGAUGGACUGAUGGCAGCUCUUCAUUUGACAUGAAAGAUGAAUUCAUAUUCUUCCAUAUUCUUCCUUCCAGGCUUUCAUGAGCCCAUAUACGGUACAAUUAAAGAAUGUUGUUCUCCCUUC